CAAUCAGAGUGAGUAUAUAUUGGACGCAAUCAUCAAGUCUAAAUUAAACAUGACUCUUUCUAUGGGAGUCUGGAUCGGAGAAGAUGAUAAGAUCAAUACUCAGCAGCUUGAAAUCAUGAAAAAGGUCUUGACCAAAUACCCCAGAAAGAUGUUUGAUUCAGUGUUCGUUGGAAAUGAGGUUCUAUUUAGACAGGACAAAACCACCAAUGAAUUGAUAGAGAUUAUCCAAGACGUCAAGCACUUUGUUAAGAAAAUUGGGUAUUUUGACUUACCUGUUGGUACAUCCGAGAUCGGUUCAUUGAUAGACGGGAGGUUAUUGCAAGCAUGUGACAUAGUUGGUGCAAACAUCCAUCCAUUUUUUGGGGGAAUCGACGUAUCAAUGGCAACCGACUGGACUUACGACUUUUUGAAGUACCAGAUUGAGCCUAUCAACAAAAGCCAUAAGACCAAGCUUGUUAUCACCGAGGUGGGAUGGCCAUAUAGAGGGGGGAGAUACGAAGGUUCGGUGGCCAACGCCACCAAUUUCCAAUAUUUUAUGAAUGCAUGGUUGUGUGAAAGUCAAAAGUAUGAUAUCGAUUAUUACUUUUUUGAAGCCUUUGAUGAACCUUGGAAGAAAAUAUUCUAUGAGGAUGGUAAUACCUGGGAAACUGAAUGGGGAAUCUUCACCAGCGACAGGCAGAUGAAGCCAGGAGUCCAAUUUCCAAAGUGUUCGAAGAAUCAUAACUUAUAGAUCUCAUAGUUCAACCACAAGUAGUACAAGCUGAAACACCCGAAAGAUAUUGUGGUGUUAAGAAUUACCCAAAGAUCAGGAUAACUAGCAGGUGGGUCAAAUUGGAAGUCAAUGAUAUGAUAGGCGGCGAUGGAUAGGUAAGAUAACGCAAAAACCGAGUUCCAGAACCAUGAGCUCUUUUGGAAGAGCAAGUUCCCACGCCAAUUGAAGCCUCCAAUAAGCCAGUUGAUCAUGACCAAAAGAACCGCAUACUGUAAACUCAACCCGUCUUUCUUUAACAAGGGAAACAUACUGAAAGUUGCCACAUUGUUGAUCCACUGGGUGAUAGAAAUAUAAUAAGAAGUGUUCAAGCAGUACAACAAAGUACUGGGAAUCAAGGGAACCAACACUGUCUUUUCAUGGACCUGGAAUGAAAAAAGGAAGAACCCCCAAGCAGUGGCUGCAAAUCCAUAUACCAACGACAUAUAUUUGGAAGUACUAGUGGAAGAUUUGGAGAACUUGGAGCCCAUGAGAUUUUUGUAGGACACCAUUAAACAGGGAGGAGCAAUGGACAUCAACGUAAACACCAAGGAGAUCUUGGUCAACUGGUCGUUGGAGAAAAGUUGUUUGUAUUUGACGACCAAAUUGGUGGUGCACCAGAAGUUUGCGACCUUAUCUUCAAAUAAUCCUCUGUUAAAGGGAAACACCCUCACCAAUAUUUGCUUCAAGUUCGUCACCAUGUCGUUCCAGCCUCCCAACAUGAGCGGUGACAAUAAUGUCAAGACGGUCACAAGAACUGUCAACCCCACUGAGAAUAAUUUUGCAAAGUUGAACUUUGUGAUCAAAUUGACAACACUCCUAUUGCUGAAGUCAUAGUAGUUGUUGAACAAUUUGGA